CGUCACCGCCGCCCCGUGCGCGCCCGCUCGAACGCUGUGGCCGCCGACGUUCGACGGCGGAGUGGUGACGUUGCGCUCUCUUGGGCCGAAACAAGUCAGUCAGCGGCGCAACCGCCGCCUCUCUCGCGUCUCCGGCUUGGGGCGGCGGCGGGAGACCCGGAGGGCUUUCGGCUUCUCCUCGGAGGGUGAGCGAUGCGCUCGGCGUGACGCAAGUUUCUGCUCUUGUCGCGGCCCCCGCUCCAGCCAUGGCUUCGCCGAGCUGGCAAAAGGCUGUGGCCCAGCAGGCCGAGGAGGUGUCGGCCCGGCUUCGGGAUGCGCUGUCAGCCGGCGUGGGCCUGCUCCGUACCGAGCUGGGCCUGGAGCUGCCGCCGGGCCUGGAGCCGCAGCGCCUGCCCACCUGGCUGGUGCUCCUCUCCACGUCCGUCCUGGCGCUGCUGCUCCUGCUGGCGCUCCUGUGGGCCGCGGCCUGCGCCCGAGCGGGGGAUGCUCGCAGGAAGAACCGCCUCAGGAGAACCGCCGAGGACGACGACGAAGAGGACGAGGAGGAAGUGGCGGCGACGCGGGGCCUGACAGCAGCAGGGGGAGGAGGCCCUCCUCACAAGGGGACGAUGCUCCUGCUGAAGGGAGACGAGCAGAAGAAGAGGAAUAAAAAGAGGCCGCUGGAGAAAGCAGGCAGGCUUAAUGGUCAACCUGCUCAUGAAGUGUCUGAAGAGGACGUAAUACAGACCGUUCGAAGAGAAAACCUUAAACAGCAGUCAGAGGCAGAAAAGAAAGCUGAAAAGUCAAAGAAGAAUAAGAAGAAACCAAAGGGAGAUGCUAAAACAGUUCAGGACCAGUCACGUGCUGAUGGAAAGGAAGUUGAUGAAGGCGCUUGGGAAACAAAAAUCAGUAACAGAGAGAAACGGCAGCAGCGUAAACGUGACAAGGUACUGACCGAUGCUGGGCCAGAAUCAAAUCUACCAACUAUGGAAAAUUCAGUUACAAUCUCCACUGAACAGCUAACAUCUGCUACAUCCCUUUCAGUUGGUACCAGAAAAAGCAAAGGUGAUCCUGUUCUGAAUGCUCAAGUUAGUAAUUCUAAAUCUGGAAAAGGAGAAAUUACACUCCAGCAAGCUCCUUCAGGACUGAGUGAAGGCCCCACAGUAAAUGGAGGCAACUGGAACGAAAAGCCUGUAAAGCUUUCUCCUCAGAUUGGUGCAAGUGAGGAGAAGUGGAGUUCAGUAUCAUCUUCAGGUAGCAAAAGGAAGAAUGAGACAUCAGCCUGGGGAAAAGAUGCUGGAGAUCAUGGAAAUGGGAAGGACUGGGGAGUUUCCCUGGUGGGCAGAACCUGGGGUGAGCGCACUUUGUUCCCUGGUAUUGCCUGGUCUGGAGUGGAUGGAAGGAUUAAUCCUCCUGAACAGAGUUCUACUUCAUUCACUUCAUUGGGGCUAAAUCCUCCAGUUUCUGGAGCCAGCAGUGAAUCUGUUCCUCAACCUACUACUACAGACUUCCAAUGGGAUUUAAAUCGUAAUCAGGCGCAUAUUGAUGAUGAAUGGUCUGGGUUAAACGGCCUAUCUUCUGCUGACCCCAGUUCUGACUGGAAUGCCCCUGCAGAGGAAUGGGGAAACUGGAUAGAAGAAGAAAAGACUCAUUGCAUUCCACAGCUUGAGGAACCGCUAUCUGAGGCUCAAAAGGCUUCAGAUGAUGAGAAAGAAAAGGCAGAACCAACUCUGCAAAGUACUGCAAGUGGUAAAUCAAAGAAGAAGAAGAAGAAAAAGAAGAAGCAGGGAGAAGAGGCUAGCUCUCCUGUACAAGAUGCUGAUGACUUGGAAAGACAUGCUGGAGAAGAAUUUCCAGAAGAUACCUCAAAAGUUCAACAAGAGGAGAUAGCUUUCUCUUUAAAGACCAUCAGCACUAGUGAACAAGCUGAGCCUGAGGAGAUGCCCUCAUUUGCUGUUUCUACUGAGCCAUCUGUAACUGUAUCAGAGAGUGAAUCUGACAAGAUAACUUCCCAAGUGCCACAGAUGCUACCGGAGACAGAAGUUCCUAUUUCUAAUGUUAAACAAAACAGUGUGCCUCCACCACAGACCAAGUCUGAAGAGAGCUGGGAGUCUCCCAAACAAAUUAAAAAGAAGAAAAAGGCCAGAAGGGAAACGUGAAUUUUCUGAGAUGGACGUGUGUUGCAGAAACACUUGUCGUGAAGAUUAUGCUGUUUAUGCAAUAAUUUGUGAACCUGUACAGAAUUUUAUAUAAAUUUCAACAGAUUUUUUAAAAAACAAACUGCUUUGAACACAACCAUCUUUAAGAACAGGAACAGAAGGAAAAUAAGUUGGUGACAUAAUUUAACAGGAAAUAUGACAAUACUGGAAGACACAUUGAAGAGUCUAUUUCAACAUAUGGGGAAAGUAAUUAUAAAAACGACUUGUCUUUACAACAGUGCCCUGUUUACAACAGAUUAUCUCUAUUUUACGUCCAUUGGAGAAAAAGGAUUGGUCUUAAAAUUUCCUAAAUCAUCUGUAAAACUUAUGUCACUCUGAGUAGUGUCCAUUCUGAAUUUCUUAAUGCCUAAAUCAAAGAACUCUGGUUAAAUCUGCCAUAUCUUUCUAAUACUUAAUGGAAUGUGCUAAUUAUAAAGUUAAUUAUAAGUACAGAGAGCCUGGAGUCAUAAAUGCUUGCUCUUGAAUAGUCCCCUUGACUUAAAGGAAAUAUUUCAAAAUAAGUGGAAAAAUUAUGACUAGAACCAUUCAGUAAAGUCAUUUCUGUAGCAUAAGAAAUGUGGUUAAGAAUGCAAAACUUGCAGAAACUGUUAUGAAUUAAGAAACAAAAAAUUGGUCAAAACUUGAGCGUGGUUCAUGAAGUUGCUUCUGAUUAGUCUUCUACUUGAAUUACUCAAAUAAUAUAUUUUUAAGAAGGGGCUGUAUGCUCCAAAUGAGUCUUGUGUUUUAUUCCUUUUUAAGGUAAUAGGUUAGUUGUUGCCCUUAAAAUUUUAUUCACAUUAAUUUUGAAGUUGUAUUUCAUGUCUCUUCCAUGUCCCAUUUUUAUUUUUAUUAAUUGUAAUUUUACAGAAAACUUCCAUAAACUCUUCAGAGAUGUGGUAGAGAAUGAAAGAGGGAAAUAAUGGCUUCAGACAGCUUUAAUUGAUCUUGAGACCACCUGUAUCAGGAAGUGCUUUUUUACUGCCUUAACCUAUGUAGAAUCUGCAUCUAGAGUUCUUAAAUGGGAUUAGUGUGUUUUGUAUUUUUUAAAAAAUCAUGCAAAUAUAGCAAUUGUAAAACCAACUUUCCUCUUGGAAUUAUUGAUUAAAAUGGGAGUUGAGCUGCAUCAUUUCAGGCACUGUGUAAAUUACAUCACAUCAAGCAGGCAGAUAUCUAUCUAUGAAUAGUGCAUGCUCAGCCAUGUACACUGUAUAUAGCCUUUACAAAAUGUUUGUGUGUGUUUUAAAGGACCAUAAUUAACAUAACUUGGUGAGCAUCUAUUAAAGAAAAGCAAUGAUUAUUUGAUGUGAUUGGCUUAGGUUUUUCAUGUGGCAGAGAAAUUGUAACAGCUGUAACCGAUGGUACUUACUGACUCUCCCAUAAUGUUUCAUUGUCUAAAUCAGAAAAAUUGGUAAAAAAUUAACUUGCAAUGCAAGAACAAUUAAAGCAACAAACUGGAUUUAGUUGUAUUGAAGACAAGCCUUAUUAAUUGAUAGUGUUCCUAAUAAACGAAUACUAAUUUCCACAGGUAUUAACUCCUGUUACAGGAACAUGGCAGAUGUUUACAUGUUCAGAUGUUUUGUUUAAUUCAGUGACAUUUCUAAAUCAAUUUUGUUAAAAUAAAUUGAGCAAAUUGAUAAGAUUGUGUUAUUUAGUAGUAUAUAGUACGUAGACUAUCUUACUGAGUAGACACAAGUGUCCAUGAAAUUACCAAAUGUUGAAAUUUGAUUUUCAACAAUGAUUUUUAAAAGAAUGUUGAACAUGUGAAAUCAUGUAUCUUGUAAAUUCCAUUCUUCAUCAACAUCUACAGGGAGUGCAACCAAUUUCAUCCACUGACAGUAUUUUUUAAAAGUUGCAGCCACUCUCCACACAUGAUCAAAUGUCAGUUUAUGGGAAAGGUAGAGAAAUGGUAACAGCUAUUCAUGAAAUGUGGUGGGCAAUGCCUUUGCUUCUGUGAUUGGCCUAAGUAAGUGUGUCCAUAUAUUAUGUAGAGUCAUUAAACCAUGUUUGCUAAUUCACAAGAGUUCCCCACCAUCCCUCCUAUUUAAGGAGAAUUGUUGAAUGGGAAGGAUUUAUAUACAUAUCUGCUUGCAGGUCAAAUGCAAAGUGAGAGGCAUUUUAAUGUGUUUUGACAGUAAAGCUGCUUGUGUGAGCUUCUCACAAAUCAGUGUGACCCAGCUACUAAUGAUGGUGUAAUGGUACUCUCUAGUAUCACAACUUCAGUCACAAUCAGCCACUUGCAAUUCUAAACCUGCUGUUGAGCAAUUUCAUGGCAUCCUUGCAAAGAACCCUUGUGCUCAGUCAGCUGUGGACAGUUGCCCUACGAACUGGAGAUGCUUAAGAAUUAAUUGGGUUGUCUCUUUGGUGUUACUUUGAACACCAACUGCUGCUUUCAAACUCUGCCCCAAAGUACAGUAUUUGUGUUUUUGGAAAUCGGAUUGAAGUAAAUGUGGAGUGAACCUGUAAAAAUUGAAAGUUCUCAAUACCUGCUUUUUUCAGUUGUCAUUACUGGAACACUUACCUCUGCAGAGGACUGUAACCUAAAAUGUCAGUUUACAUCCACUCCAGUCCUAAAAAUGUUUUUCAACUGACAUGGGUUUCUAACAGCAGCCUUCGGCUUUACUGAAGGGUGAGGUCUCUAUGGAUUUCCUCCUACCUCCACCUUUGGAAUCCUAAAUUUUGGUAUUGUGCUCCAACUACAGCUGAAAUCAGUUAUCUAUGGGGAUUGUAAAUAUUUCCCAGUCUCUGCAGCUUCUGGAGCAAUGCAUUCUUGAAGUUCUUGAAAAGCACAAGACUUGAGUCCAUAAAACAUAAAUGUUCCUGCCUAAGUAGAGGAAUGUCAGCAAGGCAGCAAAAUUUAGCAACCAGAAAAUGUAAAGACAGGAAUUUUCUAUUUUGUGCAAUUGGCAAUGACAUUUUUCUCUCUCAAAACAAAGUUGUAUUAAUGUGGAAUGUACACUUUACUCAUAUUGACUAACUAUAGCCUUCAUGGCCAACUGCGUCCAGAUAACCUUUUAUGGGGCAAACACAAGCAAAGCAGCUAACAUAUUCUCAUUAGUAAAUGCAUGGAAUGUUUUUUCAAAGAUUAAUGUGGGUUUUGUAACUUUUGAAAUUAUUUGUAUGCACAACUUUACAAAAAAAAUGUGAUAUGUAAUUGGGUAGUCACUGCAUGCUUUACUCUUGACUUUUUGUUUGGUUUUCUUGGGGAAAGUGUAUAGAAUUCAUAACAUGUUUGUUACAAAGUUGGCUCAAGGUGGAUGAAAACUUUGUUUUUUUAAAAAAACAAAAAAAUUACAGUAGACAGACAUUAUUUAACUAUUUGCUAAAGAAUGUUAUACAUUAAAAUCAAUUUUCAAAACUG